AUGAAUGGGUCAUAUCCAUCUAGUAAUAAUCCCAUACUGAAUGGAGAGCCAGUUGAUGCAAAAUCUAACCAUCCUGGAGGAGAAAUACACAACGGAGCAGGAACAAAGUUGGAGAAUGGAAUACUAAAGAAAGCACCAGAUAUACCACAUAUAACGAAUAAUAUUAUUCCACUAUCUAAUGUUUUGAAAUUUUAUACACAAGAAGCAUACAAACAAUUAACAACAGCCAUAGAGAAUUUAUCGAGUACUAAAGAUACCGAAAAUGAUUCUAGUAGGAAGAUGUUUUUCUUGAAUUUAAUUAUAUCCCUAAGACAAGACUUUCUUAAAAUAUAUACUUUGGUCAAAUGGGCUAGUUCGUCGAAGGAUGUAUCUAAACUAAUUGAUUUAUUGAAUUGGUUUAGGUCUCAAGAUUUUUAUUUUGAACAAUUAGGAUACGGAUUAAAUGAACUUAAUAGGUAUUCGGGAGCAAAAUUACCAAAUUCUGACAUAAUAACAAGUUUGGAAGUGUUUAUAAAGAAGAGACCACAGUUGCCGUCGUAUAAUUUGAUCAAUACUCCACCAAUAUCAUCAGAGAAGACUUUGGAAGUCUUGAAAGAUUUAAACUUAGCAUUAAUGGCUAGAAUGGCUUUGGUAAACAAUUUACCAAAACGAUUCAUUAAUAACUACGAAAUAAGAGAUGGUAGAGUAUAUUUUACUAUACAAAAUGAAUUCCAAGUGUCUGUCACAGUUGGGAAUGAUUUGAUUAUUGAACAAGAAGACGACUAUUAUAAGUCACCGUUCUACUUCAUUGACUUCAAGUUUCUAUUUGGGAUAAACCCAGAGACUUCAUUAAUUACACACAAGGACAACAAGAUAAUAACCAAGUUACCAAAGUCAUCUUUCCAAAACUUAGAAAAAAUUGUAAAUACUGUACUAUUAAAUCUGGGCCUUGGUGGUUUGUAUGAUCUAUUACAUAAAUAUUCUAUCUCAUUUAAGCUAUAUUUAAUUGCGAGGCAAUUAAAGGAUAUUUCAAUUAACAGUAAAUGGAGAAAUAAUAUUCAAUUCAAAUAUCAAAACGGUAAAUCAUUAAUCUUAAUCAAUUAUUGGUCAAGUCAUUAUUUAUCCAAAAACUGGAAGUCCUUUAUUGAAUUGGGCAUUGAUAAAAAUUACAACUUGAACUUUAGAUGGUUCAAAAAUGGUACAUAUGAACUAAAUCAUGGAAUAUCCGGGAUAUUUGAUAGAGAUAAUAUAAAGAAACAGCUGGAUACUUCUGAUGAACAACCAAAUGAUUUCGAGCCAAAGGAAGAAUCAUUAGAAGACUUGAGGGAGGAUAAUAAUGAAGAUGAAUCUGAACCUCAAGAUCUAAGCGUAGACUUGAUCUUAAACAUAAUAGUUAAUAAACACUCCGAAAUGUUAAUGACUAGAAUCUAUGAAACUAUACUUAAAAGGUUAUCUGACCAAGAAGAAUAUUGCUCAUUUAUAUCAUGCCAUCAAUUAUUGCUCAAAUUGACUCCUAAUAAAUCAGUUGUGUUUGCUAUCAACCCAUUGACUGGGUUUUUUUAUUUUAUUGACCCUUCCCCAAUUCAGAAUCAAGUUACGAAAAAGAUUAAUACUCAAUCGUCUAGUAAUAAGAACAAGCCUUUUUUUAGUGAAAAUGAUAUGGUGGAGAAUAUUGUUAAUCACUUGAUCCAACUAAAACUUGAUAUGUUUAACAGAGAAAUUAAUAAUAAGUUAAUCACGAGUGGUUGGAUAAAUAAUGAAAUUAUCAAGUUGAAUGACUAUGAAACAACCAAAUUAUUUAAUUUCUUGACUGGCGAUAACUUUAACAAUUCGAAUUUUAAUAAAAUCCAAUUUUACAGAUGUAAAAAUUGGCCUCUAAGUUGGUUUCUAAGCAAUUUAGUAAGUGGUGAAAAUUUCAGGACUUUCUGGUGGGUUGCUAGAAUUAAGUCUAUUAAAGGUGAAUGGAAAAUCCAAUGGGUUCAGCAAUUAAAAUUUGAUCAAGAAAUGGAAACAUCAGAUGAAUUGACUUUAAAUUAUAAAUUCUUCAAUAAUUUAUCAAGCUUAUGUUCUAAUAUGAUUAUUGAUCAUAUGGUUUUAGAAGAAUUGCAAACUAAAAAGAUCCAGUAUAUUCAAAAACAAUCGAAAGAGAAAGCUGCUGAACUUUUAAAUAAAUUUCAGAUUGAUGAGGUUGAGGAUGAAAAUAUAAAACCUGAAGAGACUAAUAGCCCAUUUGUUUAUGAAUCUAUCAUUAUGCUCUACAAUGAUAAUAGGUUAUUACCAGUUUCCAAUUCUUCAACAAGUUUAUUCUUGAAAAUAAGAUUAAUUACAUUAAAUAAUUCAACUCAAAUGAAACUAAAACUUUUCGGUAAUUUGCGGAACAUUCCUAAUACUUUAGCGGAAACCUUCAAUCAAUUGAACUUACAUAUCAGCAAAUCGCAAAACUAUUUUGAGAUCAACGAUAUUGUCAACUUAUCAAACAAAAUAAACGAUUCGUCUAUCAAGGAAACCAGGUUGUUAGACUCGAUCUUAUUGAAAUUAAAUGUUCUAAAUGAAUUGAUUAAGGUAUUGUACCAAUUAGAUCAAAAUAGCAUUGAAAUUGUAAAUAGUUCCAUUGAUAGUAUUCAAAUUAAGAUCGAUGAAGAAAGUAAUAAUUUGACUAUCAAAUUACCUGAAAUGGAUGAAAAAUUUAGGUUGCUUAGUUCUAAUACCGAAUCAAAUGAAAUGAAAUUAAUCAUAAGUUAUUUAAACAAAUAUUUGCUGAUGACAAGUAAGGUUCAAGAGAAUGAAAUCAUUGGUAUAAUCAAAUAUUUGAAAGAGAUCACACCAAUAAUUAAAACAAUCAAAUCUGUCAGAACCACCUUAGAUGAAAAAAAUAAAUUGAAAUUAAGUAACGGACUCAGCAAAUUGAACUUUGAUAUUGAAUUUCAAAAUUUGAAUUUAAUUCAAUUCGUUUAUUUUUUAAAUCAUACUAAUGUCAACUCAAACAAAAAAAUUUUAAAGGAUAAAAUUGUUAUUAAAUUGAAUUUUAUGAGAAACAGGUUUAAUAAACAAGAUAGAUUACUAUUGAAACUUUCAAUGAAAGACAAUUUAAAUUCAAGAAAUUUAAAGUAUAAGAAAUUAUUCGAAUUGAUAUACAAAGGAAUUAGCGAGGUUGACAACGCUAACGGGCUGAGAAUUACGAAAUUGAAUUACGAUUUUAUUGUUGACAGCCUGCUAAUCAACGAACUAAUGAUUAAAAUAACUAAUGCUUUUAUUCUUUAUCUAAGUGACAAUGCAUAA